UUUACAAGUUUGGCAGAACUGGAUCUGGACAUCACACACAGACACAAUUGCAUGUCAAGUGGACAAUUUAUUUGUUGACCAUCAGUUUUUAAACAAAUAAAUCAUCUAGUUUUUUUAUUUAUUUUAUUUUGAAUUUGAAUUAUUUGAAUUUGAAAGCAAGAUGACUAUGGCCAUGUUGCAACGACGUGCUAACGUACGACUUCCACCAGAAGUCAAUCGUGUUCUUUAUAUAAGGAACCUUCCUUAUAAGAUAACCGCGGAAGAGAUGUAUGAUAUCUUUGGUAAAUAUGGGGCCAUAAGACAAAUCCGAGUUGGAAAUACUGCGGAGACCCGAGGUACCGCUUUCGUAGUCUACGAGGAUAUUUUUGAUGCCAAAAACGCUUGCGAUCAUCUCAGUGGGUUCAAUGUUUGCAACCGGUACCUGGUAGUCCUGUACUAUCAGAGCAACAAGGCCUUCAAGCGGGUGGAUGUUGACAAGAAGAUGGAGGAAAUUGAUAAAUUAAAAACUAAAUAUAAUCUGAAUGACGACAAAAAAUAAAUUAUUUAUUUAUGAUCCGGAGUUAGCGGGCAAUCAACGAUCUUUGAUUUUUUUCAACAAUUUAAUUUUAAAAAAAACGCACAUGUAGAAAAUUAAAAAAACUACAGGUGCAUUUUUCUGAAAUUUGUUGUUUUUAAAAAAAUCACGUCAGCUAAUUUCAUAUUUAUUUUUAAGAACUUAAUAAUUAUUUGUAAGAAUAAGAAGACUGUAAAUAAAUUAUAAUUAUUAAUUGAUAAGUAUUUGUCA